AACAACAUUGUCCUUUUUCAGUGAUGUUUCUUCUGUUUCCUUAUUUUUUGAGUGUGUGAAAAAUUAAAUAUUGAAAAAAUAGAAUCUCCAUGACAUGGACCAGACGACCAUUGAAGAGCGUAUGAAAAUCCUUAAAAUAUACCUUUAAGCAGUGAGGCCAAACCCAUAAAAUAAGAAACGAAAAAUUAAAAACAUAACACCUUAGCCCCCCCACCCCCGGAAUAAAAAUGAUUAAGUUCAAGUUGAAAACGGUAAACACCACCACUGCGAACUCUUGAAGUCACAAAAGGCCAUAACAAAUUGUGGGAUACCUAUAAAGGUCCGCGAAAAUUAUGUAAAAUUUCACGGUCUAUGUGCAAAAAAAUCGUCAAACAUGUCGCCGUGGUCUGUCCUUUUGUAAAUUAAAUUUCCUUAAAUAAGAAGUAACCACCAAUAGUAAUAACAAUAACAACAACAACAAAUUAGACGAGACGACAACCUUCACUCCAAACAAAAAAAAAAAAAAAGAACACCGAAGGAAUAGAUACAAAAAUGUUUACGAGAUCUAAAUGAACAUUCAUCAAUACAAUUGGUUUCAUCAGCUAACAUGAGACGUCCAAAGAUAUCGCUAAAGAAAUAUUUUUAUUUUACAAUAAUAUGUGCAUUAUUGUUAAUAUUUUUAUAUAAUUUUAAGGAACGAGAAGUAUGGAAAUCGAAGACCUCAGCCCAAUCAUCAUCAUUGUCAUUGCUCCAGCAACAACAACAGCAUCAGCAACAUGUCGAACAAAACCAAUUGGAUGACUAUAAUGACAAAUAUGACGAGGACGAAGAGACCGAUAAGCCUGAGAAUGCAGGGGCAAAAUCAAAUUCUGAAAAUGCCAAAGUUACAACUAUCAAAACCCCACAGACGGAGGCCGAUCCUCCCGACAGUGAACAGCAGCUACAGCAGCAGCCACAACAGCUACAACCUCAAUCACAACAACAGCAUUCGGCAAAUUCAAUGCUGAUGCAACAACAAUCACAACAAAAUCCUCUAGCUUCCAGUCUUAUGGAGCCCAUGGCCAAACCAUGGUUCUUCAAAGAUGGCGAUUAUUAUCCAAAACCUGCAAAAAUUCCCAAAAAGCGACGUGGCAAAAAGGCCCACUUGCAGGGCUCCAAAUUGUUUCCAUUCCAAGAUCCACACAGUGAUCGCAUCGUCAAUCAACUGAUGUAUGUGCCACCCAACUACGAGGAGAUCAAAACCAGUGGCAAAUUGAAAACCAUACUUUUGUACAAUGGAUUGGGGCCCUGGAAUGUGAAAGCAGGCCGUGAUGUCUUCCUACGUUCAAAGUGUCCUGUGGACACUUGUACCAUUACCGCGUCACGCGAUCAAGCCAAUACUGCUGAUAUGAUUCUAUAUAAGGAUCACUAUAUACCCACGGGCAUAAGAAGGCCAGCCAAUUCACGCCAGGUCACAAUGUUGUAUCAUUUGGAGUGUCCCUAUCACACGCAAAAUGUGAAGGUACCCGAUGCUGUUAAUUGGACUGCUACUUAUAGGCGUGACAGUGAUAUAGUGGCUCCGUACGAAAAAUGGCAAUAUUACGAUGAUCGCGUACGUCAACAGGAGCAAGAUCGCAAUUUUGCUACGAAUAAAACGAAAAAAGUCGCUUGGUUUGUCUCCAACUGUGGUGCACGCAAUGGUCGUUUACAAUUUGCCCAUGAGCUGGGCAAAUAUAUCGAUGUUGACAUCUAUGGAGCCUGUGGCAAUUACAAAUGUUCUCGUGUCAAUGCUGAUAAGUGUUUUGAAAUGCUGGAUCGCGACUACAAAUUCUAUUUGGCCUUUGAAAAUUCUAACUGCCGUGACUACAUCACUGAGAAGUUUUUCGUUAAUGCCCUAAAUCGAAAUAUUCUACCCAUAGUCAUGGGUGCUAGACCAGAGGAUUAUGAAGUUAGUGCCCCACAACGUUCAUAUAUUCACGUGGAUGAGUUUGCCUCCGCCUCAGAGCUGGCUGAUUAUUUGCACAUUCUGGACAACGAUGAGAAAUUAUACAAUUCUUAUUUCAAUUGGAAGGGCACGGGAGAGUUUAUCAACACCUAUUACUGGUGUCGGGUAUGUUCUUCACUGCAUGACGAGGAGUCCCUGAAGAAACCACGUUGGUACACAGAUGUCAAUGAUUGGUGGCGUGGUGCCGGGGUGUGUACAAAUGGUUCGUGGCGUAACUUUAAAGCGCGCAAAGAUGUUAUAACAGACGAUUGAAGUGAAACGAAUCCAAAAAGUAAGUAGGCCCUGGUUUGCGGCAUCCCCUGAGUAGAAGUCCUUAGCUUAGGGCCCGGGAGUCUCUACGCGGUCUUGUUAUUGACUUACACAUAAGAGAAACUGUAGUGAAACCAAGGAUUGAAUUUUAUAUCUAAAAAGUCUCCGUAAAAUUUUUUUCAGUUUUUUUUAUAAGGUGUGUAAAAAGCAAUUCAUUGUCAUUUAGAUUUAAGCCAAUAAUUUUUGGUUUUAGUUAAACAAAUCUAUCCAAAAAUUCCCCUCC